CCGGUCAGCACACGGCACAGUGGAAGUGUCAACACAUUCCCUCUACAACUAAGCCUUUAAACAUGUGGGAGGCAGCCACACUCUUCUCAUCCUGGCCAUCACUCCUAUACGCAAUACCGAUACACAAAACCUACGAGGCUAUAAGCAUGGUGUCCAAAACCUUGGCCGUGCUGCUGUGCGUCACCGUGGCGUCCCUUCUCGUCACGCAGGAGGUGGCCGCAGACACAGCCACUACACAAGGGCCGGCCACUGCGCACGUUGGUGGCAAGGUAGGCCAGAAGGACGAUAUCAGCAUCUCCAUUGGAGGCGGAGGUGGGCACGUCUCUAUUACUGGUUCCAUCCAUGUAGGAGACAAGGGCAAGCCUAAACACGACAGCAAGGAGACACCAAGUUAUGGGCAGCCUCACCCAUGAAGCAAUAUUGUUGACUCAGUAGUCGCACUCUUUGCGAGAGAAGGGAUCUGCAUACUGUACGACUAUGUAACUUUUACUACUCACACAACAAUAUUUUUGUGUAGGCGUAUCUACUCCGACUACGUAUUUAGCCAUCUUCGGGACAUGCUAAAGAAUAUAUAAGGGGCAUGUUAAUAAGUUACUGCAUA